GGUUAUUUAUAAGCUUGCUAAAAGCAUAAACCCUCAAACAUGUGCUCCUAGAGCCAACCCAGACUUACCCGAACGUCAUUUUCGAGAAAUUGGCAGUCCAGCCAUAGAAGGUAUUGUCAUUGCCACCUUGGAGACCAUGCUGACCACGACAGCUCCGUCAACGAUUAUAAAGUACUUCUUGGACUUGGCACUGCUAAGAGAAUCACAUCAUGUGGGUGUAUCUGCAUUGACGAUCCAUGCUAUUGGUCUACUCAUACCGUUACUACCUCCACAAGACUUUAUCCAUCCCAUGUUUAAAGAACUGAAUGACUUGAUAUUGACUGAUCCUUAUUUGCUGGCAGUAUCUGAGCCAUGUCGAUUGAUUCGAUGCGGAAUACCUAAAAGUGUGAACGGAAAAUAUACCAUGACUCAGAGUCUUCCUGAUCUGACGACGACACCUGUCUUGAAAGAUUCGAUGAGUGCUCGAGUGGGAAAAGCGAUGAUAUUUCCUUAUAUAUUUAACGACUACACGUUUAAUUUACAUAACUACAGCACAAAUGCGCCGAAUAGCUUUCUAACAUUAUUUCACAGUAUGGUGCAUUAUUCAAGUCUGGAUAUCUUUGGUAUCUUUUUGGAGUACUUCCAAACCCUACGUAAUUCAGAAAAGCUAUUAACCGAUGUACAGCUACUCUAUGUCUGCUUCUUGAUUGGACCCGCGUUACAUCGUAUUGAAAAACUAGACAUCAGUGAGGCUGGGGUAAGUUUAUUCAAAGCAAUUUUCAAUACAUGUGUGUGCUAAUCCCUUUUUUAGUUCUUGGUUGAAUUGAUGCAUAUGGUCAAACAGGUCACUACGCUCAUGGACAUGAAAGAUGGCUGGACGACACAGGCACUUGAACAAUCCUACGACUUUUUGUAUCAUAUUCGAACAAGGUUUGUAAAAACUAAUGAGUUAGCUGCUCAAAUAAGGGAAAUUAUUCGUUCCAUGAAUCCACCAAUAUCUCAAAGGCUACUGAGACUGGUAAUGGUUUAAAUAAACCUAUAAAUGUAUUUUUCUCUUGUAAAAGGGUAGUUCUUUAAGAAACGUUGGCUUAAUUUAUUGUGAUAUGUUGUCUAUGAUAUCUGACAGAGAGAGAGAGAGAGAGAGUUGACUAUGACUACAUAUUAGAAACUUAUGGACGCUAAUGUGAAUACUGUGUGUAGUUUCGUCAAACGGUGAAGUAGAUAACGAAACAAUUAACAAAAGACUGUAGGAAACUGUUAAUGU